AUGAAGGGCGGGCAGUCGCUUGGAGCAGCUGCAACAAAAGACAUUGAUCUCUGCUUCCGUACAAACUUGGAAAAGAACACUGCGCAAAGCGUUUUCGGAGCAAACCCCUGGCCUGCAGGGCACAUCAGUCGUCAAAAACUUCUCGUUUCUUGUUCUUAUGUCGAGCACUGCGCCGGGCAGCGCGUGUCCGCUGUUACCGAGCAGCCGCUGACGUCAGCGUGCACGUGCCGACACGCUCGCUUGCUGUUCCAGUGGGGUGCUCCCAGGCGAGUGCACGCUUCGGUUCACGCUUACCGCUAUCAGUGGCGAGCACAGCGACGGUCGCGUGCCAGCUUCUGGGUGCAACCGCGCAGCCGCAGCCGGCAGCGCCGUCUACUCGUGGCGGUGCAGCAGACGGAUGCAAGCCAACAACAGAGCGCCAAUCUCGCGAAAGUGGCCUCAGAACGGGAGCUGGUCGGAGCUACGACCACCCCGAGCCCUGUCGUACAAACGCUGCGUCGUUUGGUGUUGAUUACCGGUUUCGAGAAGUUCAACAUUGCGCUCUAUAAGGCGGCAGCGGAGGAGGCACAUCGGCAGGUUCCAACGCUGGAGGUACUGGUAUUCACAGACCGUGACCUGCAGGAUGAAACCGGGCGGCAAUAUCUUGCCCAGGUCUUACGAGAGACCGACGCGGUGCUUUGUUCGCUCCUAUUUGACUACGAUGCCGUCGAGUGGCUCCGUGACCACAUCCGAUCGAUUCCGCUUCGCUUUGUCUACGAAUGCUCGCUUGAAUUGAUGUCCUGUACGCAGGUGGGCGCUUUUACCAUGGGCGAUGCGAAACGCGGUGACGCCAAGUCGAGUUCGCUGCCUGCGGCGCUGCGCAUGGUCCUCCGCAAACUCGGCCUCGCUGGUCGUGAGGAAGACAAAAUGGCGGGGUACCUCUCGUUCCUGAAGACUGGACCGAAGCUGCUCAAAUACAUUCCCUUGGGGAAGGCACAGGACCUGCGACGUUGGCUCGAGGUCUACGCCCGCUGGAACGCCGGAGGCCGCGCCAAUAUUGUCUCGAUGAUACUCUACAUCGCACGAGAGGUCCUGGAGAUCCCCCUGGUGACCCCAGUGCCCGAAGUCGUCGAAGUUCCAGCCAUUGGGGUGACCCAUCCACGGGCCCCAUCAUCGACACCGUACUUUCGGACACCGGCAGCGUAUCUGGAGUGGUAUCUGCGCACUUGGCCUGAGCGAGCAGCGUAUCCGCGAGCCGGCCUGUUGCUCUAUCGCAAGCAUGUCAUCUCUGAACAGUCGUAUAUUCGGGAACUUAUCUUGGCUCUCGAGGAGGCAGGUAUCCUCCCUGUGCCUGUGUUCAUCAAUGGCGUAGAGGCACAUAUGGUUGUGCGCGAUCUCUUCACGACCAGUUAUGAACUAGCGCAACGACGUCGUGGCAUUCGUGAGACCUCCCUCCGUGAACCCGAUGCAGCACGCGUUGAUGUUAUUGUCAGUACGAUCGGGUUUCCGCUCGUUGGCGGACCAGCAGGCACCAUGGAAGCAGGUCGACAGACAGAAGUAGCUCGACGCCUCCUCAGCGCCAAGGGUGUACCGUAUAUGGUGGCGGCGCCGCUGCUCAUUCAGGACCUCGAGUCAUGGCAACAGAACGGAGUCGUUGGACUCCAGUCGAUUGUGCUGUAUGCCCUGCCUGAACUGGAUGGAGCGAUCGAUACGAUUGUGCUCGGUGGACUCGUUGGUGAUCGAAUCGUGCUUCUCCCGGAUCGUGUGCGCGUCCUAGCGGAGCGUAUUCGUCGUUGGACGAGUCUGGCAUGCAAACCGAACCAGGAGAAACGCAUCGCUGUUGUAGUGUACGGCUUUCCACCGGGCGCCGGUGCAACGGGCACGGCGGCAUUGCUGAAUGUACCACGCUCGCUGGUUCGUCUGCUGCGUGCGCUUCACGAGGCCGGAUUCAACUUGGGAGCCCCCGAAGUAUACCAAUCUUUCUUGGAAGACGAGUCCGGUGAGCGGCUUCUUGAGGCCAUUCGCGCUGCAGACCAAGUCGUGGAGGGUAGCGGCGUGCCGGUGGACAAGAUCACCACCGUGCACGCCGAUGAGCUACAGUCCUGGCUGCCCAGGGAGAUUGCCACGCGGGUAGCCAAGAACUGGGGCGGGUCCCUGACGCGUUCCGAUAUCAAACGUCUAGGUGCGUACCUUUGCCUCGGAGGUGUCUCGCUCGGAAAUAUCUGGCUGGGAGUUCAGCCUCCAGUGGGCAUCCAAGGCGAUCCAAUGCGACUGCUGUUUGAACGCGACGCCACACCACAUCCCCAGUAUCUAGCGUUUUAUCUGUGGAUUCGUCGCAACUUUGAUGCAGUGAUCCAUCUGGGCAUGCACGGCACCGCAGAGUGGCUACCUGGCUUACCCCUCGGCAAUGAUGAUACGUCGUUUCCCGAUUUGCUGUUUCGAGACUUGCCCCACAUCUACGUCUACGCCCAGAAUAAUCCGAGUGAAAGUACACUGGCGAAGCGCAGGGCCUACGCGACGCUCAUCUCGCACGGUGUGCCUCCGUAUGGGCGUGCUGGCCUCUACGGUCAACUUCUGAACGUGCGUGAUCAGCUACGGGAGCUCGAAGAGGAACUCCAGGCGGCUUCCGCGUCCGGGAAGCAGGCAUUGGACGCCCUCGUUGUUGAGAGCCUGCGAGCAUCCAUCGAGCAGGCGGGUCUCGACUGCGAUCUCCCGCUCCAGGGACUUGAGGCAAACGAUCUCGACCAACUGGCGGCCGACGCAGCCAAGUUGAAAACCUAUCUUGCUGAACUGGAGAACCGUCUCUUUGCAGAAGGAUUGCAUAUCCUCGGCAUGCCGCCCAGUGCUGCAGAUAUGGAGAAGUAUGUCGCGGCGCUAGCGGAGCAGCAGCCGGCGGAACAGCGUUCGUGGCAGCCGCAGGAGCUGCAGCGUCUGCUCCAGCAGCGGACGGAUGAAAUCCAGAACAUUAUCAGAGCGCUGCAGGGUCAGUAUAUUCCACCGGCUCCCGGAGGUGACCUGAUUCGUGAUGGACCCGCCGUCUUGCCCACUGGACGCAAUAUUCACGCGCUGGAUCCGUAUCGAGUACCGACGUGGAUUGCCUUUCAGCGGGGAGCAGAGAUUGCCCGCGCCAUCAUCGCCCAGCACCAAGAGAAACAUCCGGGAACUUUCCCAGAGACGGUGGCGGUAAUGCUCUGGGGACUCGACUCCAUCAAGACGCGCGGUGAGUCCAUCGGUACAGUCCUGGAAUUGGUCGGGGCAGAGCCUGUUCGUGAAGCUACCGGCCGCAUCGUGCGCUUCGAACUGGUGCCGCUGUCGAUGCUCUCGCACCCGCGCAUUGACGUGCUCUGUAGCCUGAGUGGUAUCUUCCGCGAUGCUUUCGAGCACGUCGUCUGUCUGCUGGAUGAUCUUUUCGCACGGGCGGCCACGGUGCCCGAUGAGACCCCAGAACAGAACUACAUCAAAAAGCACUACGAUAAUGAGCGCGAAGCCGGACGCCCACGACGUCUCUGGUCGAAUCCUCCGUCAGAGUUUGGUUCUUUGGUUGCAGACCGCGUCGAGACCUCUACAUGGCAGUCGGGCGAUGAGCUCGCCGAUACCUUCGUCUCCCGGAACGCAUUCAGUUACGGUCGCGGUGAGCGGGGGAAACAGCGACCAGAGCUCUUCGAGCGUCUGCUGGGCACCGUGGAUCGCGUGGUCCAACAGAUAGACUCCGUGGAGUACGGCCUGACCGAUAUCCAGGAGUACUAUGCAAACACCGGUGCGCUAGCGCGAGCAGCCCAAAUGCGAAAGCGGAGAGUUUCCGGCGAUGCCAACGCAAAAGUCACAGCGUCGUUCGUGGAGUCGUUUGGAAAUGCGUCGACUCGCCGACCUCGAGAUCUGGAAGAGCUGUUGCGCUUAGAGUACCGGUCGAAGCUGCUGAAUCCGCGUUGGGCAGAGAAAAUGGUUACGCAGGGCAGUGGCGGUGCCUACGAGGUUUCACAACGAAUGACGGCGCUGUUGGGCUGGGGUGGUGUCGCCGACUUUGGCGACGACUUUGUUUACGAACAAGCCGCCGAUCAGUAUGCCCUGAAUGAGGAGAUAGCUCAGCGGCUACGUCAGAGUAACCCAGAGGCAUUUCGCAACAUCGUCGGCCGUUUGCUGGAGGCAGCCGGGCGCGGCAUCUGGCGACAUCCGGAUGAGGAACGACUCGCCAAACUUCGGGCACUUUACGAGGACAUUGAUGCUCAGUUGGAAGGUGUCUUGUAA